CGCUUCUUUUAUAAGUUGAAGCAUCUCGCUGCUAUAUAUCCAAGCUUUGACUCACCCAAUUGCAAUACACCAUAUUAUACCCAGUUACAGUACAUACAAUUACUCUACAGCAAGACCAUAAUGCUAUCGUCAAGCAACGUGAUGCGAACUGGCAUCCUCCGAACAGGAAGAAUAGCCACGCGAAACACAGCACGUCUCGCACGUUCAGCAACAGCUCAGGUUCAAACAACCCGUCGAAACUUUUCUUCCAGUCAACGAACACUCUGCGCAAGCUGUGCAACUUCAGGAGGACAAUCAUGCGUCCGACAUAACCCUAACAGUCGCGCUAGCGCCGGAAACAUCACCACAAGCUUCAGUGCUAACAGUAGCCUCGGCAAGACUGCCGCUUACGCUACAGCUGCUAGCCCCAUCAUUCCUAAUGAACAGUGGGCACAAGUUUUGGAAGAACGAGGUGGAGCUGUCCAAUAUAAAAAGAUCCCUGUUCCAACGCCAGGCUCCGAUGAGGUUCUAAUCAACGUCAAGUAUAGUGGAGUCUGCCACACAGACCUUCACGCCGUCAAUGGCGACUGGCCCCUUGAAUCGAAGAUGCCCCUUGUUGGCGGUCACGAAGGUGCCGGUAUCGUAGUAGCACGAGGAGAGCUCGUCAAAGACGUUGAAAUCGGUGACCACGUUGGCCUCAAGUGGCUUCACGGCUCCUGCAUGAGUUGCGAACAGUGUCGACAGUCCAACGAAUCGCUCUGCUCAGAAGCCUCCCUGUCAGGAUAUACUGUUGAUGGUUCGUUCCAGCAAUACGCUGUAGGAAAGGCUGCGCACGUCGCGCGAAUUCCCAAGGACUGUGAUCUCGCUGGCGUAGCACCUAUUCUGUGUGCUGGACUUACAGUCUACAAGGCUCUCAAGUCUUCUGGCGUUCGACCAGGACAGAGUGUUGUCAUUGCUGGCGCUGGAGGCGGUCUUGGUGUUUUCGCUAUUCAAUAUGCCAAGGCCAUGGGGCUUCGAGUAACAGCUCUCGAUGGCGGAGACGAAAAGCGCAAGGUUUGCACUGAGCUUGGUGCUGAUACCUUUGUUGAUUUCAAGACAUCGACGGAUAUUGUUGGAGAGAUCAAGAACGCUACAGGUGGCCUUGGCCCCGAUGCUGUUCUCCUUCUUGCAGCCAGUGAGAAGCCAUUCCAACAAGCUAGUCAGUAUGUUAAGAGCAAGGGCACAAUUGUCUGUGUUGGUUUACCAGCCAAUGCUUUCGUCAAGGCUCCUGUUUUCGACACUGUCGUCCGUGAAAUCAACAUCAAGGGCAGCUAUGUCGGUAACCGACAGGAUACUGCUGAAGCCAUUGAAUUUUACAGACAAGGUCUUAUCAAGGCACCAUACAAGAUUGUCGGAUUGUCAGAACUCCAGAAGGUCUAUGAUAUGAUGAUUGCAGGCAACGUUGCUGGCCGUUAUGUCGUGGACACCAGCAGAUAACGACCCUGAAUGAUUUUGAUAUUAUUGGAGGUUUACUGAAAGCGUUCUUGAUGUUGCUUGCGGAAUAGGCAUUAUAUACCAUGGAGGAUUUAUGUAUAACAUGAGAGGAAAAAGAUUUCCUAGCUGCUGAUGUCUUGGUUAUAUUUAGCUUUGAUCAUUGAUUACAGGCAGGGCUUUAACUUUAUUACAAUUUUCAAGUGUCUUUUUACUAUACAUAAACAGAUUUUAGGGGCAGACCAUGCUUCCUGAAGGAUGUGCUCAACAGGAGGUAAUAUUUG